AUGGUAGAUUUAGCUGGUGCUUGGCCUACGCUUUGCAAAGAGACUUGCCUUCCACCUACAGGCAUAACAUCAGGCCAACUGGCCCCUUGGAUACUCUGGUUUAUUUGGCUGGCAAGGAAUGAUUAUGUCUUUAACAACAAGGACACAACCCCGGAGGCAAUCAUCACCAAGGCUAUAGUAGCGGCUCGAGAAUGGCUGACAGGACAGAGCUCAUCACAAGGGGACCAAAACAAAGGAACUCCCGCUCCAACAAGUCACUCUACUCUCAACCGAAGCGAUAACUCAACCCGAAUCCAAUCUGAUGCCGCUUGGCGCCAGGAUCUACAACUAGCGGGACUAGGCUGGGUGAUGGAUAGGGAUGGGAAUAGAAGCUCGUUCCUAACUCAUUGCCAUUUUGUGAAUUCCCCACUGAUAGCCGAGGCACUGGCCUUGCGAGAAGCUCUAAUAUGCUGCAUUGAAAAGGGAAUCCUUCAUGUAUGCUGCGAGUCAGACUCCCUCAAGCUGGUUAAAACGCUCAACAAAGGACCCCCGACGGCGGAACUGUAUGGCAUUGUUGCGGAUAUACUCUGUUUAUCAGAGGCCUUUACAUCUAUUUCUUUUGGCUGGAUCAAACGUUGUAAGAAUAGAGAUGCUGAUGCUCUGACAAAGCAGGCUCUCUGGAAUGAAUCCUCUGUAAUGGCUCCCGUGACUUUUGGAGUUUAG